GGUACAGGAGGAUUAAGCUAACCUCUUAAGUUACUCAAACUCAAAGCGUUUCAUUUGAUUGCUGCAAUCAUCAAAGAACAUGGCUUCUGAAUCAGUAACCCUUAAAUCCGAUGCCCUCAUGGAUCAGAUGAAGCAGCAUCUUUCCACCGACGCCGGGAAAGAAAUCGUUAAGAAAAUCGGACUCGUUUAUCAGAUUCAGAUUGCCCCUAAGAAAAUUGGAUACAACGAGGUUAUCUACACUGUUGAUCUCAAGAAAGGAGAGGUCACCAAAGGGCCAUACGAGGGAGGAAAGCCUGAUGCAACAUUUUCAUUUAAGGAUGAGGACUUUGUUAAGGUCGCUUUAGGGAAGAUGAAUCCACAACUUGCAUUCAUGAGGGGUGCGAUGAAGAUUAAGGGAAGUUUGAGCGCUGCGCAGAAAUUCACUCCAGAUAUCUUCCCCAAGCCUGCCAAGAUGUGAGAAGCUGCUUGAAUCAUCAUUUGGAAGCAAUAAAAGAAUAUAGAUAGCAUCAAAAUCUGAAAACUAUGUCUCUAGUUCAAUGCAUGGAUCAUCAUUCCUAAGGUCAUAACAGGUGUUCCAUGAAUGUAAUAGAGUUAUGAACUCUGAAGGAUAUUUACAUAAGCUUUUUUGUUUUCUACUGUAUUCAAAUUCCAAAUUAGUUCCAUCAUUUUCAUUCUUUUCACUGUUAUUAAGUAUAAAUAAUUGGAUCAA